AUGCCUAAGAUCUAUCAAGACUGUACGAUAAGCAGGAAACCGCUCAGUAAUCCUUUACAGAAAGAACUGCGGCCUGGGUUAGAGGAACAGGCAAGUAGAAGGAUAAAGAAGCAACAAUUAUCAAAAGACCUCACAGAUAUUUAUACAAGUCACUUGAGGGGUAAAGUAUCCAUCGCGAUUGAUGGUUCUACGUCAAACCCAAGCGAUAUUGUAGAAGGUAAGAUGACUGCCGAAUUCAAGGAACGAUACAGGCAAGGCUUCACUCUGAAACCUAUGCAUACACCAGACACAGAGAAUUUUCCACACAGUGCGAGUAAUUAG